AUGGGUUCCCAUCUCGACGCCGACCCCACCCAGGCGGUUGACGGUCUGGUGCGAGCGAUCCGCGACCUGACCUCAGACCCCAACUAUAAGCUCGUCGCCGAUGUCUUCAGCGAAUUCCUCUAUGUCAAGGAGCAGAAUAACAAGCUGUCCAGCUCCCAUCAGGUUGUCCUAGAAGAGUACCGAAAGUUUCGCAAUGAGCUCGAGGCCCAAAAGGAGGAGCUUCUCAAGGAGAAGCAGGAGCUCGAGGGGCUGGUUCAGGAGAAGGUCCAGGAAAUUCUUCAGAUGCAGGCUGCGAGGGCAAGGUUAGAAAGCGAUCUCGAGGACACCCAGAAGCUUAUUGAGAGGGAGAGGAGCGCCGCUGCCCAAGCUGUCGAGAAUAUCAAAAAGGAGUACGCCGAGCUUCAGGCCGCUAAGACUCUUGUUGAGCAAGAAAAGAAACUCGGCGAAGAACUCGCCGCUGCCGCUGCCGCCAAGGCCGCGGAGGAGAUUGCCGCCUUGACGCAAGCAAACAACAAGUUGAUGGAGAUCCAGGCCAGCCAUGACUCCGUUGUGAAGAGCUUGAAAGGGCACAUUGCCGAUCUGCAGAGUGCAAAGAAAACCCUUGAACAAAUUAAAGCGGAUAACGAGCUCGAAAUCGCCCGUCUCGCUGAGUCGAAGCUUAACCUUGAGAAGAUCAAGGCGAGGAACGACGUUGAGAUCGAGGGUCUGAAGGCCAAGGUUUCCGAUCUCUAUACUUCCAAGACCAGUCUCGAGCAGAUCAAGAUGGACAACGAGGCCAAGAUUGCGACAUUGAAGGAAAGGGUUGAGUCACUGGAGCAGGUAAAGAAGAACCUUGAGCGGGAGCUCGAAGCCGCCCAGAAAGAGAUCGCGUCCCUUAAGGAUACUAUCGCACACAAGAACAACGAGAUUGAGAGUCUGCAGGAGUCUUUGCGUGCUGCCGAGGAGCAAAUUACUUCGCUCCAACAGACAGUCGACGAAAAGAAUGCCGAGAUCGAAGACCUUCAUGCCAAGCUCAAGGCUGAGGGUGAGCGUGCCAACAAGGCUGAAGAACAUGGCCGUGACUUGCAGAUUCAGCUGGAGGAAACGACCCAGAACCUCCAAACCACCAGUGAAAAGCUCCGAGAGCUCGAGCAAUACCGUAUUCUCCUUCAAGACGAACCUGAUGAUACAUAUGUUACUAUUCUCGACAAGAUUUGGACCACCAUCGUGACUUUAGUCGAAUCGACUUUCCGACCCGAUAUCGACGAGGCCAUCCUUGCUGACCCCUCCUGCUGGACGAACCUUCGCAAUUCUCCUUAUCUCAAGCACGCAACCCAGCUGCAAAUCCCCCUUCCGCAGUCCAAUUCCCCGGCCGCAAAGGGUAUGCGCAUCAGCGCCGUACUCUCUGUCCUUUCCCGUGCCAUGCACAAGCACCUUUUCCGCCCUGUCUACCUUCUCGAUGACGAUGAUGAGAAUCUCGUGCGCUUCCUGCGUGCUCUCGAGGAUGAGGAUCCAGAGCGCGAGGCCCACAUACGUGCUACUCUGCUCGCCGCGAUGCCUGAGCGCCAACUUGAGCAGGGUGCCCGCCGCGUCAAGACAGUCGUCCGCGAGGUUUCGUGGCUCGUACAGCACCUGCUGAGUGCUCUGCAAUUUGAGGCUUUCUGUGCUGGUCUUGAAGCUGCCUGCAAACUAGCCUGUGAACAGUGGAUGCGUAUUCAGGUGGCCAACAUGAAGAUCGAGCCGUAUUUCGGGCCCCCAUAUGACGACUUCGACUGGCAAGUGCUUGAGUUGCCGGAAUUCGCUGAGGCCGCUGACCGGGACCCUGGAAUGCCGCACACACGGGCCGAUACUGACGAGGCUGCUAUCGAUGACCGGCUCGACGAGGCUGACCGGGCGGCUUCUGCCGCAACAGGUUCUCAGCUCUUCAAUGACAGUGCGAUUGAAGCACAGGAGGAGAUGCUUGAUGGCGAGAUUGACCCGGAUGAGAUUUUGCUCGUCGUCUGGCCCAGCAUGUGCGCUGUGGAGAACGGUGAGCUCAUGUCCAUCACCCAGGGCCUGGUCAUCUCCAAGGAGCAAGCCCGUCCUGCCCUCGAAGAACAACGCGCCCGCUCACGCAUGAUCUCGCGCCCCGGCUCGCGCCGCGCCCGUACCAUGUCUAUGCCGGGUCACAGUAGGGCUAGCAGCCCACGUGGUCGUCCUUAUGCAGGCGGGACACAUCCUUCAUCUGAGGCUGUUACUGUGGAUGACCGUUAA